CUUUUUUCUUUGUGUUUCUUCAUCUUUUCCCUUAUAUAAUAUAUACAUACCAUGACUCAACAACGUGACGUGUACAUUGCCGCUGCUGUGCGUACCCCUCUUGGUGGUUUCAAUGGAUCUUUGGCAUCUUUACCUGCUACCAAACUUGGUUCCAUUGCUAUUGAAGGUGCUGUCAAGAAAAUUAACUUGCCUGUAGAAGCUGUAGAAGAAGUUGUGUUUGGAUGUGUAUUAUCUGCCAACCUUGGACAAAACCCUGCUCGUCAAGCUGCUCUUGGUGCUGGUUUGACAAACGAAACCAUUGCUACAACAGUCAAUAAGGUGUGUGCUUCUGGUAUGAAGGCUGUGAUUAUGGGUGCUCAAAGUAUCAUGCUAGGUAAUGCUGAAGUGAUUGUUGCUGGAGGUAUGGAAUCCAUGAGCAAUACGCCUUAUUAUUUGCCCAAGCAACGAUUUGGAUCAACCUAUGGCAACGCUGAAGUAGUGGAUGGUAUUGUGAAGGAUGGUUUAACUGAUGUGUAUAACAACUACUUGAUGGGUAUUGCUGCUGAAGAAUGUGCUGAAACUCACUCCAUCUCCCGUGAUGAACAAGAUAACUAUGCCAUCAACUCAUACAAGAAAGCUCAAGCUGCCUUUGCUGCUGGUCAUUAUAAGGAAGAAAUCAUCCCUGUCACUGUAUCUGGUGGUCGUGGUAAACCUGAUCGUGUGGUCCAACAAGAUGAUGAAGUCGCCAAAUUGAAUGAAGAAAAAUUACGUGCUGUUCGCCCUGCUUUCCUCCCCAAGAACGGUACUGUCACUGCUCCUAAUUCUUCUCCUUUAUCAGAUGGUGCAUCUGCUUUGGUUCUUGUUAGCAAGGAUGCCGCUGAAAAGUACAACCUUCCAUUGUUGGCCAAGAUCUCUGGAUGGGGUGAUGCCGCUCAAGCUCCCAACUUGUUCACUACCUCCCCUGCUCUCGCUAUUCCCAAGGCUAUCAAGCAUGCUGGUUUGACUAUUCAAGAUAUUGAUUACUUUGAAAUCAACGAAGCUUUCUCCGUGGUUGCUUGUGCCAAUAAGAAAUUAUUGAACAUUGAUGAAGAAAAGAUUAACAUCUGGGGUGGUGCUGUUGCUAUGGGUCAUCCUCUUGGUUGUUCUGGUGCAAGAAUCAUCACUACUUUGAAUUCUGUCUUGAAUCAAACCAAGAGCAAAUAUGGUUGUGCUGGUGUCUGCAAUGGUGGUGGAGGUGCUUCUGCUAUUGUGAUCGAACGAUUGUAGAAUAGUUUUCAAGGACAAAGGUGGAAGUUUACAAAUAUAUUAAUGCAAUAAAUAAAUCUAUUCUAUAAUUACUCUUUUUUUUUUUUAUUUGAAACAUAUUUGUUUUUCUUUUUUUUUGGGCUUAGUAUCUUUGCUGCAGUCAGAUAUA